AUGGCCGCUUCCACAACUUUGGCGCGCGAUCAGGCGCUCAGCUAUCUUUCCAACCCCCGCUUCAGCCAAAAACUCACUCUGCCAGCAACUGCAGAUAGCCCUGCCCUCACUGUCAGCUAUGCCGACGUUGGCUUCAGCCCUGCGACCCCGGCUGAUAGUCGCAGUACACCUACUAUGCUGUUUAUCCCCGGCAUGUUUGGCUCUAGAUACAUAGGCGCUAUCCUAGACCCUAUUGCGCGUAAAUUCGGCGUCCGUGUCCUUGUAGCUGACCGUCCGGGGAUGGGACAUUCGACAGAGGUCGCCCUCUCUCUUCGUCUUUCAACGUGGAUUCGAACCGUGCCUCUCCUGCUGGAGCAUCUUGACAUUAAGCAUGUUGCCCUUGUUUCCCAUUCCGCUGGGACGAUAUAUCUGCUAAACACAUUGCACUAUCACCGAGAUAUGCUACACCCGGACCGGCCAUUUGUUGCCCUCUUCGCACCAUGGGUUGAUCCUGUGCAUUCCAAGGUGACAGCAAUGCAAAUGAUGCAACACAUCCCAGCACAGGCCUUUGCAGUCUGGCAUCACAUUGCGCCUUUACUAGCUACAAGCGGAGUUGUGGUUAAUAAAGCAUCUAGUUUCUUCACUUUUUCAACGGGCAGCAGUGGUGACCAAGAUACACCCAAGGAGAGGAAUAGGCAAAAGCUAGCAUCCGCAUACGAUGUGCCCAGGGACUUUCAAAAUGAAUUGGAGUCGCUUCUUGGUAAAAAGAUAACCGAAGAAAAUAUUGUUGGUGCGAAUAGCGAAGCACUUCUCUGUGCAAGAAAAGGCAAAGGAUGGUCAUGGGGAGAGUGUGAUGAUUACGCCACUUUCAUAGAAACACUAGCGAGGGGCGAGAGGGAAAAACACCAGCUUAAGUCCAGUACGGAUAGCUAUGCGAAGUUGAAAAUUAGGGCGUAUUUUGCCGAAAAUGAUGUUAUGAUUGGAGUUGGCGGGCAGAAGUAUAUGGAAGAGUGCUGGGGGCGUGGAGAGGGUAGUUUAAGCGAUGUUCUUGAUUUUGACUCGGCCACUAUGGCUGGUACGGAUCAUGAUAGCCUUGUGCAAUCUGUAGAGGUUUGGGAGAAGGUAUUUGCCGACGCUGGUGGCAGCCUUGCACGCUAG